AGCACUCUCUACAUCCUUUGUUUUAGAAAGCACAUCUGAAGGAACGAAAAGAAAUGUCGACCGAGUCGUAUGAAGAUGCCCUUGAAAGACUAGCAGAGCUUCUCAGUUGUAAAUCGGAUCUCGGGAAAGUGGCGGCGACAAAGGUUAAGAAGUUAUGUUGUGAGCUAGAGGAACAUAAAUCCGACAAGUCAUCAGAUGCUGUAGAACGAAUCCAAUCCGGAUUUAUCCAUUUCAAGACUCACAAAUAUUUGAAGAAACCUUCGUUGUACAAUGCACUUGCCAAGAACCAGAACCCCAAGUUUCUGGUGUUUGCUUGUUCGGAUUCCCGAGUUAGCCCUGCUCACAUCUUGAACUUCCAACCUGGGGAAGCCUUUGAAAUUAGAAACAUUGCAAACAUGGUUCCACCUUUUGACAAGACACAACACUCUGGUACUGGUGCGGCUAUGGAAUAUCCAAUUACAAAACUCAACGUGGAGAACAUUCUGGUGAUUGGUCACAGCGAUUGUGGUGGAAUAGAGGCACUCAUGUCCAUUAAAGAUGAUGCAGCUCCGAAUAAGAGCGUUUUCAUAGAAAACUGGGUGAAGAUCGGUACAUCAGCCAAAAACAAGAUUAAGGAGGAGUUUAAAGACCUGAGCUUCGAGGAACAGUGCACCCAUUGUGAAAAGGUACGUAAUAAAAAAAAUACACAUUAUUUGUCUCUGUUUCUUGUCUUGGUUGGGUAUGUAACUGAGAUUGCCUUGGGUUUCAAGGAAGCGGUGAACGUUACAUUGGGGAAUCUGUUGUCUUACCCAUUCGUGAGAGAACGAGUGGAGAAGGGUAAGCUCGCCUUAAGAGGAGCUCACUAUGAUUUCGUGAAUGGGACGUUUGAACUCUGGGAACUCGACAUCAAGACCACCCCUGCCUUUGUCUUUUCUUAAGAUAUUCCUACUUACGUUUUCUUUGUGUUUCUUCCAAGUGUGUUCUUACCAUGUACUUGCUUCUGUUUCUUCUUUAUGUCUAUUUGUUUAUGUUUCUGUGUGAAAAAAUUAAUAAGCUAUAAAAAGCAUUAUUUUAGUUUCCA